UCGUUGUCGACAACUGCGAAAAUAUUAUUAUAGAAAACGUUAACGCUGAAGCUAGAGCAACUGUUCGUGAUUACACAAUAAAUAGUAGAUGACAAAAUUAUGAGUACCGAAGAAGAAAAGAUUGUUCCCAUUGCCACUGUUACUGCCAAUGGUGGCCAACAGGAUAAUGAGAUCGUUUCAAUGACAUCUGGCAACGCCAACGCCAUAGCGUCCAUGGAGCCGUUACAAAUUCAAGGCCACUUCAAGACCAUUGAGCAAAUAAAUAGUGAACAGCGACGCAUAUUUCUCAAUAGCACCAUUACCGAAGACAAGAAUGAGAAAGUGCCGCCAGAGACAAAAGUAGAGUCUGAACCAGAGGUAGAACCCAAGCCAGUGCCCGUGCCAGUGCCAGCUCCUGAGACAACUACUGAGACGGCAACAGAGGAACCGAAAGCAACGAAACCUCCGCCACCAACUACUUUGGCGUUGAAUGUGAAAUAUGCCACGCUUCCAAGUCCCACAACAGCGACCACAUUACGUUCACCACUAUCGCCGCCGCCACCGAAACCUCCGAUGUUAAGCCGUACCCGGAGUACGGGCUCUGGUGAUGGUCGAACACCACCAUUGGUCAAUGGAAAUGGUACCGCAACCGGUAUAACAGCUUCAGCUUCGGCGUCUCCCACAUUACUUCGACAGAGCAUAGCAGAGGCAACGCCCACACAAGAGGAAGUUGGCAGCGAAGCCAAUUUAACCAUAUCUGUCCGUCACUAUGAAGGACUUAUCGAGGAGUUACGUUGUCCCGGCUGUGCCGGUGCCAUGAAGGCACCUGUAUUACUAUGUAAAAGUGGUCACAGUGUCUGUGAACAAUGCACUCGCAUUCUACUCAUGUGUCCCCUGUGUAAGGAAUCGUUCACCAAUUCUCGCUCUCUGACCGUGGAAGCUCUUUGUGCCAAGGCCCAUUUCCGUUGUAAUAAUGCUCCAGGCGGUUGCAUGGUACGAAUGCCCGUGGCUCUGCUUCCAUGGCAUGAACAGCAAUGUAUAUACAAGCCAAUGAAAUGUUUUAUGGGCCGUGUGUGGGGCGAUUGUAAAUGGCAGGGUCGUGAAAUUCAAUGGAAAGAGCAUCUGGAGAAGGAACAUACGGAUAAAUUAUUCCGUUCGCCCAGUAGCAAUCUAAUGUGGAAUAUGUCCCAGAGACGAAAACCCUUAACUGGUUAUUAUGUCUUCGAGGCAUUCGAUGAGAUGUUCAAUUUCUACGAGAUCUAUGAUAAGACACGCAUUCUCUUUACCAUGACAUGCACAUCGAAUCGUCGGGAGAGUAAAUACAAUUACGCCUACGAGGUGACCCUUUUGCAGCCGGACAAUGAGGCUUUGUCGCUGACACAAAAGUUUCCGGUGCACAGUGAAUACGAUCGCGACAUCUUGAUGGAGGGCACAUGCGUAAGCGUUGGACUCACUGAGCUAUCACGCUUCAUAGAUGCCGAAAAGCAAGUUCUUCAUUAUCGGGUUGGGGUUUUGGCCGUUAAAUCACCACGACGCAUUGUCAGCAAGCCGGCACGUCAAAGCCAAAGUUUGAAUAUGGAAUACAAGCCAUUGCAAAAUGCUGGAGUUAAUGGCAAGAGUAUACCAACCUCUAUGAUUAUCACACGCACAUUCAAAGAAGCUGUUGCCGAGGUUCAACAAGCUGCCCAAAAUGAACCAUCCACUCCGGAUUCCACAACCGAUGAUAAUGCUAGCCAGGAAUUGGAACGCAAAUGGGGUACACCACAGUUGCACUUUAAUCGCAAAUAUUUGCGUAAUACAUGGACCGAGGGGCAGCAACAAGAGGAUGAAUUGCGUCCUUUGGCCAGUGAUCUAAGUCCCAAUGGACGUCAGGAUAAUGGUGAAGAUAAAUUAUCGUUAUGUAGCAAUACGACAAGUUAUACAAAAAAGGUAUCGGAUACAUUGCGUAAAUCGUUUCGUGCCCUUAAAACGGAUAUCAGUGAGAUGCGUCCAUUUCACAAGAAUAGGAACACAAAGGCAGUGACAACCACAACAGCUGGAACGACAGGAACAUCGGCAGGAUCAGGAGCAGGCACUUGAAAUGAACGCACUUUCGAUGUCUAUAUAUACACAUAUAUAUAUAAAGCAUGUAAAAAUUAUAUUAAUAAUCAAAUUC